AUGACACAUAGCAUACCCGUGUGCUCAAUUGGUCCCCCCGAGCCGACUCCUGAGUGUGUUGGGAAUUUAAGCAGCAGCAUAUGUGGUGACAAAAUGGCUUUCAUUCGGGAAGUGAGUGUAGAUGAAAGCCCUUCUGGAGCCGAAGUCGACGGCAAGGAGAAGCUGGAUGCUCCCGAUUGGCUCGACCACAUUGCCCGAGAAGCUUAG